UCCCGGGGCUCCCUGCACUGCCGGCACGGCGGGCAUGGCCCUGGGGGCUCCGCGGGCUGCGGGGCUGCGCUGGCACCUGUAGGCACAGCCUGGCACUGCCACCACCUGUGUCCGGUGCCCACAGCGCCCCGGGGCCCAUGGGGGCGGCUGGGGAGGAGCGGGGUGUGGGGCUGGGAGCUGUGUUGGGGGGCACGGAGUGCUGGGGGUGCUUUUAGCCAGCCAAGGAAUCGCCCGCUGCCAUGAGAGACUUCACCGAAAUCACGCUCUGCCCCGAGGCUCUGGACCACAGCAAGACCGAGUUCUGCAACCCCGUCUUCGAGGGCGAGGAGCCCCGGGCAGCCCCGAGCACGGAGCACCCGCCAGACAAGGAUGGGACCGGCCCUGCAUCACCCCGGGACGGCCUCGGUACCAGCCUGGGGGUUUGUACACACCCCCCCCUGCCCGCGGGGCUGGCAGCAGCGGGCUGGUGGGCUCUGGGGCUGCUUAGGAGACCCGGGAACAAAAGGAGGGGACGUGCCCAGGCAGGGCUCAGCCAGCCGUGCAGGGAGGUGGGGGCACGGCUUAGCAGCACCCGGGCUCUGCCCGCUGUCCUCGCCUUCCCCGCAGGCCAGCAGCUCUGGGGACAGGUAGGCUGGAGGUACCGCGCCGACUGCAAGUUCACCUGGCUCUGCGUGGCUCUGAUGAGCACCAUCCUGCUCUUCCUCAUCGCCCUCCUGCUGGGCAUCGUCAUCCACCAGCUGACGUCCCCACACCCACCCGGCGCCCCAGCCACAGCCCUGCCCGCCCGUGGCACAGCCACCACCACCACAGCAGCCACCCGAAGGGACCCCCCAGCCCCCAGAACAGCUGCCACCCCAACGCAGAGCUGGGUGCCCACAGCCCGCACAGCAGCACCAGCCUGCGGAGGGACCCUGCGGGGCCCCGAGGGCUCCUUCAGCUCCCCCAACUACCCCGGGCCCUACCCCGCCGAUGCCCUCUGCAUCUGGCGCAUCGAGGUGGGCCCCGGGCUCGCCAUCCAGCUGAAGAUGGAGACGUUCAGCGUGGAGGGCACGGCCUCCUGCCUUUUUGACCGUGUGGAGCUCUACGAGGAGCCAGGCGUGGAUCCUGCCCCGGCUCGGGGUGGCCCCACCAGGUUCUGUGGCAACGUGGCCCCCCCGACCUUCAACUCCAACUCCAACCGGCUGCGCGUCACCUUCGUCUCCGACAGCAGCGUGGGCGCCCUGGGCUUCAGCGCCCGCUACCGCGCCGUGGCCCCCAGUGAGAAGAGCUGCGCCUGGGACGAGCACCUGUGUGACCAGGGGCUCUGCCUCCACCUGGGCUUCAUCUGCGACGGGUUCCACGACUGCACCGACAAGAGUGAUGAGGCCAACUGCAGCCUGAAGCACAAAGAGUGCGGGGGGCCACUGACCGCCUUGGAGGGGCACCUCUCCACCCCGAACCAUCCCCAGCCAUACCCACACCAGCAGCUGUGCCUCUGGCAGAUCUCAGUGCCCGUGGGCCACGUCAUCGACCUGCACUUCCACAACUUCAGCCUGGAGUCGCACGAGGACUGCAGCUUCGACUUCGUGGAGGUGCACGACAGCGCGGGCACGGGGGCCGCCAGCCUCAUGGGCAGGUUCUGUGGCCACCAGCUGCCACCCCCCCUGACCUCCUCACGACACGUCAUGACCGUCCUGUUCGUGGCGGAUGAGGGAGUAGCAGACAACGGGUUCUUUGCCACCUACCAAGCCCGCAAUGCCACAGAGAAGACGUGCAGCCCCGCAGAGUUCUCCUGCAGGAACGGCGAGUGCCGGGCGCUGGAGUCGGUGUGUGACGGCUGGCACGACUGUCCCGAUGGCACCGACGAGCUCAACUGCACCGGGGUGUCCUACCCAGCCUUCGGGUCUGUCUGCGAGCCCGUGCACGUGGAGAUGUGCCUGGGGCUGGGCUACAAUGCCACCUCCUUCCCCAACAUCUGGCUGGCCAUCCCGGACCAGGAGGGAGCCGCCGAGGUGCUGCAGGACUAUCAGACACUGAUGGAGCUCCCGUGCUUCCAGCACCUCCGCCUGCUCAUCUGCAGCCUCUUCGUGCCCAAGUGCACCCCGGACGGGGGGGUCCUGCAGCCCUGCCGGGCCGUGUGCCUGGCGGCAGAGCUGCGCUGCAAGCAGUCCCUCGGCCUCCUGGGCAUCCUCUGGCCCAUCAACUGCAACAUCCUGCCCGACUCCAAAGACCCCGUGGAGUGCUUCCAGCCCUGACCCCGCAAGAGAAGAGGAGCAGGGGAUGAAGACACCCUCCCCGCCCCAAAUGUCCCUCCUGUCCUCCUCCUGGUGUGAAUACCCAGCUGCUGGGGUGGCCCCCACCCACAGCCCCCCUUGCCUGGCUCCUCACCUGCCCUGGGUCAGGCCCUCUGCCCACAGCUCUGAAUCCCUCAUGAGCAGGUGGCACAUCCCACAGGGAAAGGCUUGGGCUGGAGGAGCUGUGCUGGGGGCACCAGGGAAAGGGCUAAUGCUCCCCAAACGGAGCAAGGCCAGGCAGAGGCGAGCCAGGCUGCAGGAAGAAGAGCCCAGGGCUGCCCGUGUCCAGCAGCCCCAAAGCCAGUGGAAUAAACAGCUUCAGGAGCUGACAAA